AUGGCUACCAGAGUCCAGGUCGAGACGUCGACCAUGUCUAUCACGAAACCCCGGCCCGUCGUGGCUGUCGAAGAAGUCCGAGGCCAUGAGGAACCGAGCAUCUUGGUUUUAUACGAACGAGAUCAAGAGCAAAUCGUCGCAGAGAUAGCUGGCGUACUGGGUCAACAGUGGUGUCUUGUUGGUGCUGAAGACAAUAAUGCUUCCCCCAUCGAUGGUACUGUCGUUGGCAUAUCUGAUGCGUAUGAUCUAUCCCGAGUUCAAAGGUGGCGUGGUUCCAGUACUGUCCUGGCAACUCACUGCCUAGACGCCCUCAACCCAGCAGUUGGUGCUCGAUCUUCCAUCUGCGACUACGAAUAUUUGUACACGACCAAGCCUUUCUUCAGGCGAGAUCUGGCUAGAUUCCUUUCUUUCAUUCUAGGUCAGAUCAACCCACACAAGGACCUUGCGAAANAGGCAAAGACAACUUUAAUCUCCACAACCUUUCCUGAUGUUCAUGCUGCUUUGCCAAAUCUCGACAUUCUCUCUGUUGGUGCCGACGCCAUAGAGCUUCGUGUUGAUCUGUUGAAAGAGACUAAUUCUGACGGUUCCUUCAAAGACGUUCCUAGCCUGCAGUAUGUUGGAGAGCAACUUAUGACCCUACGCCAACGGACAGAAUUGCCCAUCAUAUUCACCACUCGUUGCACGAAAGAGAAUGGACGUUUCCCUAUGGACGACCCUACGUUAUUCUAUCACUACCUGUAUAGAGCUGUUCAAUGGGGCUGUGAGUAUAUCGACGUGGAGCUCUGGCUUCCCGAGGAACUGAGACGUAAGCUCGCUUCCCAANAAGGAAACAGCAAAAUCAUCUCCGCCUUCCACGACUUCUCUGGUAACUUCAAAUGGACUUCGCCCGACGCGCAGCGGUUAUUCGAACAGGGGGCUGUUUACGGAGACGUUGUCAAGAUGAUCGCUCUCGUCAGCACCAUGCAAGAGAACUACGAAUUGGAGUAUUUCCGUUCCAUAAUCCAAAGUACCUACCCCUAUCCGCCAUUCUCCGGGUUGAAUAUGGGACCUAUGGGUCAGCUUUCCAGAGCUCUCAACAAGAUCUUUACGCCAAUCACGCAUCCAUUGUUGCCCUUGAUUGCAGCACCAGGGCAGCUUAGCGCUGCCGAGAUCAACUCUGCCCUUCACUCGAUGGGUCAAAUGCCAAAACUCGACAUGUACUGCUUCGGUAGCAUGCGUGCUACAGGACAAGCCAUGUUUUUCGAAAAGUGUAUCAACGAAUUAAGUUUACCACAUCAGCUUAUUUGUGUUGAACAAAGCUCCCAAGAUGGGCUGGCCGCCGUGGUCAAGAUACCACACUUUGGAGGUGCCUUCAUCAAUCCCCCUAUUGCAGCGUCAGCAUCCUGUCUUCCAUCAAUAUCAGAUGCUGCAGCUUCAAUUGGCCAGAUUGAUACCGUGGUCGCUCUUUCGAGUGGUGACAAGACAAAUCUCGUAGGCGAGAAUGCAACCUGGAAAGGAAUACGAGCAACUCUUUGCCGUGAUUUCGUCCCCUCAGCAUAUAGUGGACAAGCUGCGUUGCUGCUCGCCAGUCAAGAGUCUCAGGCAGCGGCUGCGAUAUUUGCUCUUCGCAGCCUCAACAUCGGCCCUAUCUACACCAUCGGCUUCAAGGUUCAAGGACCUCUGUCUGGAUUCGUCACCCCAUUCAGAGGACUCGAGGACGUCAAGAAGGUCGAGCAGCCUUCAGUCAUCAUCUCAGCCCUCCGAGCAGACAAAUCGCUUUUGGUCACGCCUCUACUGAAGCACUAUGGAAGCACGAAACAAGAUCAGCGAAGUGCAGCAAAGGUCUUCCUUGAUCUGAGCAAUGGACCUCGAAAGGGCGAUCCAGUUGCGCUUGCCGAAACACAGGGCUGGACCGGAUACGGCAUCGCCGAUGUCAAUGCAUGGACAACAGUCGAGACAUUGAGGCUUCUGGUCGGACAGAAUGUGCCCUACGACUUUGUGCGGCUUGCGGCUGGACGAAGUAUUUAUUGA